UAGAGUGGCAACGGCGUGGCGACGGUGACGACAGCGGUGGUAGUUAGCCUGUGUUAUUGGUCCAGUUGAAUCAGCGAACAGGCCUAGCGACCCUCCACGUAUUGACAUAUCGCGUGACAUAUCGUUAAGAAACCACAAAGAUAGAUCUCCAGUGGGAAAAGAGGAGUUCUUCUGCGGCACGAUCUGACACUUGGAGUUCGAAAGGUCACCUUAAGUGCAUUUUGGAAAAAGGCUGGCAUGCUUCAUCGCAUCUUGCACCGACAGAGUGAUAAUUUUGUUUGUCAGUUGACUAGAAUGAUUGAAGUUAUGUAAAAAUUAUGUUGUAGAAGCUCGCGUCAGUUAUGAAGAACGAGUCCGUCAUAACUUUCAUCAUGGAUAUAUUUUUCAAGAACAAGAACGUCAGAAGGAAGCAGUAGGAGUAUCGAAUGAAGUAAAUGCUAGCUGCUGUUCGAGAAGUUUUAGGAUCUACACACACAUUGUCUGCUCAGUUUGUAAGGAGCUGGCUCAAAAGAUGCGGUCACUGUUGGGGGCUAUCGCUUUUCUCGUUGUCGCAAAUAACGCUGAGAGAUUUACACUUAAUCCAGUGUUCAAGGAAAUAUUUCCAAAAGAAUAUUACUCGUCCGAUCCUCCGAAGGGCCCGAAUGGAACAGCCGCUAAGGUUUACGUUGCUUUCCACAUCAUGGACGUCGACGAAAUAUCCGAAGCCAAUAUGGGCUUUCGUCUACACAUGUUUGUGCUUGACAUGUGGAAGGAUGAUCGCUUAAUUCUCGAACAUCUGAUCAAGAAUUCGUCGGUUCGCAUUGUGCCGGAAGAGAUCUACACAAAAAUCUGGAAGCCUGACAUGAUAUUUGUUAAUUCAAAAAGUGGCUACCUUUUCAAGGAAUCGGUCACAAACAGGUUCGUCAAAAUACUCGACGACGGCUACCUCUAUAGAACUACCAGGUAUUUAUUUCAAGUGGACUGCCUAAUGAACCUUCAAAAAUAUCCGAUGGACGUCCAACACUGUUUUCUCAAAGUAGGACUGUUAUCAACUCCAUCUUCGGAGGCCACGCUGCACUGGAUGGAUGAAGAGUCGUCUCCGUAUCAGAACAUUUCCCUUAAUCUCGUGGAUCACAAUGCGCCAUUGCAGUUCGAUGUAGCUCCACCAAAACCCCAUAAAGCCAGGGAACAGUGGAUUUUUACGGAGUACGACUACCUCUAUGCAAAUUUUACGUUUACGAGAAGACUUACUGCAAGCUUAUUAAAUACCUACAUCCCAACUGGAAUCGUCGUGGUUAUGUCCUGGGGUUCGUUUUGGCUCGAUGUGAAUGCUGCUCCAGCUCGUGCCUCAAUCGGAGUUACCUCAGUUCUUACGACAGUUACACAGAUCGUACAAUCAAGAAACAAUUCACCACCUGUAGAUUAUUUAAAGGCUGUUGACGUAUGGCUGUUUAUGUGUUUAGUUAUGGUUUUCUUAGCGAUGAUUGAAUAUCCGAUCGCCUACAACGUGGAAAAGUUCUACAGUUUGAAUCGCUACUCACAACCAGACAAAUACAAAGAUACCAAAGGUCGCAGGAUGACAGUAGCACAGACGCUCUUCCGGCACACCAACGUCAUUGACAAGGCAUCUCGAAUUCUAUUUCCGCCGGUGUUUCUUCUCUUCAUUUUUAUCUACUGGACGGCCUACCUGACGAUCGGCUAAAUAGUACCGCGAGCUUGCUUGAAGUCCAUUAAGGCUAAUUAUUAAAUAGGUUUCUUUUCAUCGUCGUUAUAAAACGAGGCCGACCUCCGUAACCCUGAAGAAGUUACCCGUAUUGAACCAACGUAUUCAGAAUAUUACAUAGCAUAUAUGUUGUUGUCGUAAAGUUUA